AUGGCAAAUUAUGUUUCAUCCUCAUCUCAUUCUCAUUCGCUUUCUUGUUCUGACUUUGAAGAUACUUCCUUUUGGAAUGAACUAAAUCUACCUUCUCUUUUGCAGAUUGAGAAUGAGUUGUACACACUACUAGAACCAUCUGUUGAAGGUGAACAAGUUAUUGACGCUGAGCCGGUCGCCCAAGUUGUUCCACCUGUUUUACCUAAACCUUUGGAAGAGUUAGAGGAUGAGGAUGAUAAAGAAAUUCCUAUUUCUUCUCCUGAACAAGAUUACCGUCCUUUUUUUAAUCAUGCUGAAAACCACCCCUUGGAUUAUCACUUCAAUAAUCCAACUUCAUCUCCAACAGGUAAAACUUUACACCAAAUUCAACAAAGUUGUUGCUCCGCCGAACAAUUAGAUUUCGACUGGGGUCUUGUGAAUGACAUGCUAUGUGGCCAAAACGAUGUUCCACUUGAGGCGCCUCCAGUUGUAGCUGAAUUAUCCAACUCAACUGAAAUCAUUGUAUUUGACAAGAGAACCUCUAAACACUGGGGUUUAAAUACUAUUUCAAAAUUCUUCCACUUACCCGCAGCCCAAGCAGCAAGGGAGCUCAAUGUAAGUGAAGAUAAGUUGAAGAGAAUGUGUACAAAAUUGGGAAUUAAACGAUGGCCAUACCGGAAAUUGCAAAGCAUGGACAACCUUCUUGAGAACUUACAAUAUCUCAGCAAAGACAAAACAUAUGCUGUCAACAAAGAGAAAGUUAUUGAGCUUCAAAAGGAAAAGGAACGAAUGUUAAAGGACCCAAACAUUGAGUUACGUGCAGAGACUCAAGUAAUUAGGGAAUCUUCAAGAAAGAAAAGAAGAUAUCAACAUUUGAUGGAUAUUGCACACGCUGCUAAAUAUGACAAUUCAUGGAAACUUCAUGGCGUCAAAUCAGAAGUGAUAGAUGAACCACCUUAA